AUGUUCAUUGUACUUCACUGCAGGCUACCUUUGAAGAAAAGAGCUGCAGCAGGGGCAGUAGAGAAUACUUUAGGGUCCGGUAAAGCUCUAACUGCUACCUUCCAUCCUCCCGCAUCGCUUCCAUCUCUCUACUCUUGCAAAAUACACCAAAGCCGUCUUUUUGAGAUGAAGUGGGUCGAUACGACUGAGAAGAUUUUCCUUACCAUAGUAUCAGCAGAUUCUAAGGAAGCGGUUGCAGUGGUGAAAGAGAAGAUCCAGAGGAAUCUUCAAAGAAACUUGUGGGAGAGGCGAUACAAAGAGGAAGUGCAGACAACAAAUUUAGCAAUCGUUCUGAUGGUUCGUGUACUGUAUGUUAUAUACCGGUGUGGCAAACCGUUUCCGAAAGGAGCUUCAAAGUCAUUUAGUACUCUUAUUGUUCUUGGUUCUGGGGGACACACUGCAGAGAUGUUGAGUCUCCUCUCUGUUUUGCGGAAGGAUAGAUUUACACCGAGGUUUUACAUUGCUGCAGCUACGGAUAACAUGAGUCUCCAGAAAGCUCGUAGCUUUGAAGAUUCUGUAGCUGAUAAGCCUGCUGUUAAGGAAGGCUCCUUACAGUUCAUGCAAAUUUACCGGAGUCGAGAAGUUGGUCAGUCUUAUGUGACUUCUGUCUGGACUACUAUUGUUGCUAUUGUUCAUGCUCUGUGGCUAAUGAUCCGGAUCAGACCACAAGUGAUUCUUUGCAAUGGUCCUGGGACCUGUAUUCCUUUGUGUGUGAUCGCUUUCUUGUUCAAGGUACUGGGAAUUAGAUGGUCAUCUAUCUUUUAUGUUGAGAGUGUAGCAAGAGUGAAAAAGNUCUCGUUAAGUGGAUUGCUGCUUUANAAGUUACGGAUAGCUGAUCAGUUCUUUGUUCAAUGGCCUCAACUGCAAAAGAAGUAUCCUCGGGCUCACUAUGUCGGGUGCCUGAUGUAA